UCAGUUGUGAAUCAGAGAUUGAAGGAGUAAGAUGGAUAAAUUCUUAGAUAAAAAAUAUAAGCUCGUUCGUAGCGUGAACUAUGAGCAACUUUUAACGGAAAUAGGAGUAAAUGUGUUGUCACGAAAACUUGCAAAGACCUUGACAUCAACUACACAGCUGGUAAAAAAGAAUGACGAUCGAUAUGCGCUCAUCACUUCAACAAUUCUCAAUAUAAUGAGUAAAUAUCUUGAGUUUACGCCAAAUGAAGAGUUUGAAGAGAGAACGAUGUCUGGUCGAAAAGUAAUGAAUAUCGUGAAGUUUGAAGACAACAAAAUGAUUCAUAAACAAGAAGAUGAGAAACCAUUGAUUAUUGAAAGAAGAUUCUUUGAGAAUGAAAUGGUAUCAAUUAUAACUUAUGGUGAUAUUAUAUGUACGUGUUGGUGUGAGUCCUACCGGCAUGAAAAUUUGGAUGAAUUACUCCAAGAAAUGAAUCUUCCUGGUUGGCUGAGAUGGAUUUCAAAAAAGUUAAAUAUAACUACGCAACUUGUAAAGAAGGAUAAAGAUUAUUACCAGCUAAGAACGACUGCUUUAUACACUACAACACGAGAAUUCAAACUUGAUGUGGAGGAGGAAAUUCUUACCGCUGAUGGAGGAAAACAGCGAAGAAGAAAAGUGAAAAAUUCAUUUCAUAUCGAAGGCAAUAAGUUAAUUGAAAAACAAAUCGGCGAAAAGUCUUUAAUUAUUGUACGAGAAUACUUUGAUGACGAACUUAUAGUAACAGCAACGAUGGGUAGUACUGUGUGUAGGAGUUGGUUUAAACCUGUACAAACUAAAUAAUAAUCAAAUUUUACAGCUUUGAAAUAUCUAUGAACAAACUAAGGCGAAUUGAAUGUUUGUAAUUUACCCUUUCUUUUGUCUAUCUUCAGUGAACUGUAAUAAAAUCAGACUUCAGCCAUUUUUAACGACCUUGAAGAAUAUAGAAAAUAUUUUGAGUACAUAAUGAUAUAGCGUUCAACUGCUGCUAUAUUUAUAAUAUUAAGAUUACACCGAUCAUGAUUAACUCAAGUGGAAAGUAAAAAAACUUUACUUUACAGAGAAAAAUUUACGAUUGAAGUGAUCUAUCAUUUUAUUUUCAAGCUUGUUAAUUGUCUGAACAUAGUGAAAUGGAAAAAUAUUUUAAUAAAAAGUAUAAAACAGACCGUCAUGAAAAUUUAGAUGAGUUACUUGAAGAAAUGGGAAUUAAUGCUAUGGUGAGAAUGAUUUCAAAAUCAUUAGUUACUACUGUACAGCUUGUUAAGAAGGAUAAUGAUUAUUAUUCACUCAACACAACAAUUCUACUCUUCUCAACAUCACAGACAUUUAAACUUGGAGAGGAAAAAGAUAUCACAACUCAAGAUGGAAGAAAAGUGAAAAAUUCAUUUUAUUUUGAAGACAAUAAACUUGUUGAGAAGCAAAUUGGUGAAAAGACUUUAACUAUUGACCGAGAGUUCUUCGAUGAUCAGCUUAUUGUAACAUCAACGAUGGGAAAUGUUGUGUGCAAAAGUUGGUGUAAGCCUAUAGACUAAUUAAUAAAAACUUCGCAUUUAAAAUUCGCAGAAUUUAUCAAAGA